AUGCAUUAAAUCUGUGUUCAACUCUGCUGGUUAUAGUUCUGACACACAUGACUGAAGGUUUGACCAGCUUCGCUCUGGACUUGACUCAACACCCAUGAUACCCAGCCAACUCUGGCAUACCCUCUCAUUAAGAUGGGAAAUGCCUCCGAAACAUUUCUGUUUGUGUCCAAAAUAUCAAAAAGCAAUGACUUCCUCAUGGGAACUCUCUACACCAUUUUUGGUGUGCUGUCAGUGCUGGGGAAUGGGAUCCUGCUGUUUGUGGCCUAUAGAAAGAAGUCCUCCUUGAAGCCAGCAGAGUUCUUUGUAGUCAACUUGGCUAUCAGUGACCUGGGCAUGACAAUAACUCUGUUCCCACUGGCAGUCCCUUCGGCUUAUGCUCACAUGUGGCUGUUCAACAUGACAACCUGCACUCUCUAUGCCUUCUGCGGUGUUUUGUUUGGCCUGUGCAGUCUGACCAACCUCACAGUGCUCUCCUGUGUCUGCUGGCUCAAGGUCUGCUGCCCAAACUACGGUAACAAGUUCUUGUACUGCCACGCCUGCCUACUGGUUGCUGGAAUCUGGUGUUAUGCUGGAGUGUUUGCAGCAGGUCCACUGUCUGGUUGGGGAGAGUAUGGGGCUGAGCCCUACGGAACAGCGUGCUGCAUCAACUGGCAUGCGCCCAGCUACAACUCUGCAGCCAUGAGCUACAUCGUCUGCCUCUUCUUCUUCUGCUACAUUGUGCCCUGCACUAUCAUCUUUCUCUCCUAUACAUUUAUCCUGCUGACCGUGCGAGGCUCUCGCCAGGCCGUGCAGCAGCACAUGUCCCCACAGAACAAGAUCACUAAUGCACAUGCACUUAUAGUUAAGCUCUCUGUGGCAGUUUGCAUCGGGUUCCUGACAGCAUGGAGUCCAUAUGCUAUUGUUUCCAUGUGGGCAGCGUUUGGUAACCCAGCAAAAGUACCACCCAUGGCUUUUGCUUUAGCAGCUAUCUUCGCCAAGUCCUCCACCCUUUACAACCCCAUUGUUUAUUUGGUCUUUAAGCCCAAUUUUCGCAAGUCGCUGUGUCGGGAUGUGGCUCAGUGUAGAAAUACACUCUGUGGAUGUGUGUGCGAGCACAGCUCUGCACAGAAGGGAACUUGCAUGCAAUCACAUCACAAUGAAGAGUGCAACUCCACAAGGUUGUCCAACGGGUUGCCAGAGAACCACACGACCUGCAGACAUUGUCCUUGCCCUGAAACAGCCGCUGGUGCCAGGGAAAACUUUACAGAUUACAGCCCGCAGCAGACUGCCAGGAUAUUAAAAGGAUCCCUGCACAGUGAGGUGGCAGUCAGUCAGCUCUCCAAUGAGCUGCAGAGUGAUUUCCUCUAGAGAAAAGAAGAAGAAUUCUACAAACUGCACCAGACUUUUAAAGGUUGGAAAAGAAAACAAGUGUGGAGAAAACAUGGCAAGAAUAAAGGAUGAAAGAAGGACUAGUUGCAAGUCAGGGAAAAGUGAUAAUCAUCUUAAACAUAAAUGAAAAGAAGAAGAUGAAGACUGAUUAAUGAAUGAAAAAAAAUAUAUGAUUUAGGAGAUUUAAAUUUGUCUCAUGCCUCAAAUAUGUGACACUGCCAAAUAAAAAAAAGGAAAAAAAAAGGACAAAAACAUAACAAAACAUAUAGUUAAAAGCCAAUACAACUAAAUAAGCAAGCCAAGUAGUCCACAUGUACAUUAAUAUUUCAUCAGGUCAAAUUAGCAGGCAUCAGUAACUAUCUGAUCACUCUGAACUAUUUACAUAAAAAAACAAGACUAAGUAGUCAUAAUGCAAAUCCGUUUACUCUGGAUUCAGAGGGAGGAACUGGUACUGAAACUUUCUACUCCAAACACAGACUUUUUGCCCCCCGUUUUACCAAUACUGUACUUGAUGAUGUAUUUGUAUUUAUUUAUGCAUGCCUCAAAAUGAAGGACUACAGGGUAACUAUUGUCAUCUGUCAGGAAAUAAGUGCUGUGUUCUUUUUGCUAAGGAUGAACCCAGGCUUCUACAUUCGUCUUUAUAAUCUGGGUUCAUUGACAAGGUGAAGAUCAAAGAGGGAGCAAUCUGACUUAGUAAGCCCUCUGGUACCUACGUAAAAAUGGAUAGUUUGCCCAGAGGGUAGUAUUGAUCCAUCUGCGAUAAAGAAAUGUUGAUUUUGACUUUGUCUAUUUUUUCUAAUCACCUCUGGGAAGAUAUGAGAGCAGAACGUCUACAACAGUUAGACUCAAUAAGACCCAUUUACCCCUACUAUUCUCAAUUUGAAGAGUUUCUGUUUGGAUGUUUCAUUUUCUGAGGAUCAACAUGUAAAUUAAGUCACUAAUUAAUUUAAUGAAUUAUAAGGCUUUUUUCUCCCCUUAUACAAAUCACAAUGAUUUUCUGAUAAAAAAAAAAAAAAUCAUGGCAAAAGUGUGCAAUAAAUACACAAAGAACGUAUCAUCUGAUGCUGAUAACAGUUGAUGUUUUAUUUUUUAAAAAAAAGUUUUAUUGAACAGAAAAAUCAUUGUUGAAGUUAUGUGGCUGUUGGCAUCUUCUUAUUUCCAGGAGAUGUU